UUGACUUUGAGUAAUGAUAGUGAAGUAGUGAAAUUGAAUUGAGCAAAACAAAUUGAAGAACAAGAAAAGAAACUGGACUGGAUCAUUAAUAAUUUAAUAAACUCAAAGGAAUGUAAAAAUAAGCAGUAAGUGUGCAAAUAAAAGUGGAGAAUAUAAUGUCUAGCGAAAAUAACCACGAAGUGGACAUAAUGUAUGGGCUGAAGACAGUUCUAGCACAAAUUGAAGGCGCUGUAGCUAGGAGAAGUAAGGAUCUUCCACAAAUCCUACCAAAGUUGGUUGCAGUAUCAAAAAUCAAACCAGUUCCUUUAAUAAUACAAGCAUAUGAGGCUGGCCAACGUCAUUUUGGUGAAAACUAUGUAAAUGAGUUAGCUGAAAAGGCUCACAAUCCAGAUAUACUAGAGAAAUGUAAAGAAAUAAAAUGGCACUUUAUUGGGCACCUUCAAACAAAUAAAAUUAACAAGUGCCUGGGUUCACCAGGACUGUAUAUAUUAGAGACUGUGGACUCUGAAAAGUUGGCAGAUAAUCUAAAUAAGCAGUGGGCAAAGAUAAGGAACACAGAUGAUAAGUUAAAUAUUAUGGUUCAGGUCAAUACUAGUGGAGAAGAAGCCAAAAGUGGGAUAGAUCCAUCACAAGCUACAAACCUUGUUGAACAUGUCAUUAAAAACUGUCAUAACCUUAAUUUUCAAGGGUUAAUGACAAUUGGCCAGUAUGAUUAUGAUACAUCGCUUGGUCCCAAUCCAGAUUUCCUUUCCCUUGUAAAAUGCAGACAGGAAGUAACUGAUAAACUAAAUUUGGACAUAAAUAACAUUGAAUUAUCAAUGGGAAUGUCAACAGAUUUUGAACAUGCUAUUGAACUAGGAGCUACAACAGUUCGAGUGGGCUCUAAAAUAUUUGGAGCAAGACCACCAAAAAACUAGAACAAAUCAAGAACAAAGUAAAAAUAUUAUAACAUACAUAAAUAAAUAAUGAACUAUAUAAAUAAUUGUGUAAGUUUUGUUGAGGUGGAAUUUUUUUGAAAAAAUAAAUAAAAUAAUUAACGGAAAUAA